CAUCAUCUGUGAGUAGAGAAUCCAUUUCACAGCUGUAAAUCAACAACCUUUGUGACUUCAUUGUUUACAAACUACAAACUCAUCUGGCAUGUGCUGGGUGUGUGCAGUAGCAUAUGGAUGCUCUAUGUGAAGAGCUGGCGGGGGGUAGUAAACGAAGGCGCGGUGCAGGGGUUACUUCUAAUGCUACAAAAUCAAAUACUUCACUAAGUGAAUCAGCACCUGUCACUAAGCCUCGUAAAGGUAGAAAAUCAAAGUCAGAGAAAGAACUAUCUGCUACCUCAAUUCAAACAGAUCUUAUUCAAGGGUCUUCAAAACCGCAUAAAGUAGACUUGAACCCAUCAAAAAGUGAUUUUUCAUUAAAUGUAAAUUGUAGUAUAGUUGAGACUGCCAGCAAAGGUAAAGGAAAAUUAAAAGACAAACAACGAUCUUUGAGACCCAGAAAGUCUAAUACAUCAUUAGCUGAAGCUGAUUUAGAAGCUGCAGCAUUUAGAUUUGUUACAGAGACUUUUGACGAGCCUGUGGCAGAGACUGUUAUUUCUAAGAAAGGAAAAGGAAAGAAAAGAAAAGGUGGUGAUUUAUUACAAAUUUCACCAGAAUUAAAGAUUUCUGGAGAGAUAGGAGACAGCACAUCUGUGCCACCUUCCAAAGGUAAAGGGAAACACAGCAAAGGUAUUGACAAAAAAGAUAAUAGGGAAAAAUCUUCUAAGCCAUCAUCUUUAGCUGAUUCUGACGGUGUGCAUUUGUAUAGUGAUCUUGAAGAUUUUGUUGAAGACUUUGAGGAGCAUCUUUCAUCUAAACCAUCUAGUCCAAAAAAGCGUUGUCUUAGGUCAUCUUCAAACGAAGAAAAGGAGAGUAGCCCUGUGAACGCCUUACCUGGUCCUUCAAAUAAAUUAUCACCACCACUGCCAAAAAAAUUAGAUACUUCUUCACCUAGUGUUAAAAAGACUGAAGCUAGCAGAUCAAAAAAAUCCAAGUCUCCAAAAACUAAAGACAAAACUUCUAAAGAAGAAAAGUCUCAGCCCAAAGGAAAAACAAGAGGCAAAAAGACGGGAUCUUGUGCCAGUAACAGUGGGCGGCAGUCGUCUACAUCAAGUCGAGGAUCAGGACGUGCUGGUGCCAGCCGUGGAGCAAGUGUUGGAGCUAGAGAGAGAUCGGAUUUUAAUAAAAAUAGUAUAGCCACAACCACCGCUACAUUUUCAGCUAUGUCCUCAAAUCACCAACAACAGGAUGGUAACAGCAGUGGAGGAUCAAGGUCAAGGGAAGGAGGAACUGGUUCAGGAGCUAUUGUUCCACCUGAAGGCCAAGACUCUGUGUCUGGUAUGCCUUUAGGUGCUGUAGGUGGCACUGGUCCUGAUAAUGAAAGUGAUGAAUCAGACAUGAAUCGAUUGCAAGCUCUCCUGGAAGCCAGAGGAUUGCCAUCUCAUUUGUUUGGAGCAUUAGGACCGCGCAUGCAUCAAUUGUUGCACCGUACAAUGAGCGGAGGCACAUUGACAAAAGUUCAGCAUCUGUUACAAGGACUUCAGGCCACAGGGGAUGAAGCUCAACAGUUAUCAGCUGUUAUGGAUAUGUGCCAGAUUCUAGUUAUGGGUAAUGAAGACAGUUUAGUCGGUUUUCCAAUCAAGCAAGUGGUGCCUGCAUUAAUCCAGCUUCUGCAAAUGGAACAUAACUUCGAGAUGAUGAUUCAUGCUAGUCGGGCUCUUACAUAUAUGAUGGAAGCACUGCCACGGUCUUCAGCAUCUGUUGUAGAAGGUGUUGCUGUAUUUCUAGAAAAGCUUCAAGUGAUUAAUUGUAUUGAUGUAGCAGAACAGUCUUUAUCUGCACUUGAAACACUUUCAAAGCGGCAUGGAAAAGCCAUCCUGCAAGCUGGUGGUAUUUCUGCGUGUCUUAUGUUCUUAGACUUCUUUAGCAUUAUUGCUCAGCGUAGAGCCUUAAAUAUCACAGCCAACUGUGUUCAGUCUAUGUCAGCUGAUGAAUUCCAGUAUAUGAGGGACUCUUUAUCUUUAUUAAGCUCAAGGCUGACACAUUCAGAUAGCAAGUCAGUUGAAAGCGUGUGCUUGUGCUUUGCUCGACUUGUUGAUAACUUUCAGAAUGAUCAAAGACUUUUAAAAGAAAUUGCAGUGCAUGAUUUGCUGACAAACAUACAGCAGUUGCUAAUGAUGAGUCCUCCGGUUAUCAACACAAGUGUAUUUAUCACUGUAGUUAGGAUGUUGGUAGUGAUGUGUGCAAGCUGUCCUGAUUUGGCUGUCAUACUGCUUAAACAGAAAAUUGCUGAAACAUUGAGAUAUCUUCUGACAGGAUCUUCUGAAACAACUGAUCAGUGUUUUGAACUUGUGUCUAGAACUCCACAAGAGCUCUAUGAAAUUGUCAGUCUUAUAGGUGAGCUUCUACCCCGUCUACCAAGGGAUGGUGUGUUUACAGUAAAUAGCCUACUUGGAAAAGGUGGAAUUGUCAAUCAAGAUGGAGCUUUGUGGCAGUGGCAAGAUGAUAGAGCUUUAUGGCAUAUGUACUCCCCAAUUGAUAAUAAAAUUGUUGAGGCUGCCUAUCAAGCCGGUGAAGAAGAAGUUAGCUUAUCCACAAUGGGGAGAUCUUAUUUGCUGGACUUCAAUUCAAUGCAGCAAAUCAAUGAAGAUACAGGAACUGCAAGACCAGUGGUUCGUAAAGUAAAUAGCCUUGGAGUGUCUGGCCAAAACAGUGCAGCUGGAGACACAGUUGGUCAGUCAGAUCCUAAUGUUGAGAGGUGUGAUUCUAGAGCUGAAAUAUUAAAAGAGGAUCAGGAUUUGGCUUCCAAUUUUAUCCAAACUUUAUUUGCUGUAUUAUAUGAGGUGUACAGUUCCUCUGCUGGGCCCAAUAUUCGCCAUAAGUGCCUUCAAACCAUUCUGAGAAUGAUCUUUUAUUCUCCACCAGACCUUUUAAGAAAAGUUCUUGUUAAUCAGUCUGUUUCAAGCCACAUUGCCUGCAUGCUGGGCUCACCUGAUCUGAAAGUUGUUGUAGGAGCCUUACAGCUGGCUAAUAUUUUAAUGCAAAAAUUGCCUGAUGUCUACAGCAUUUACUUCAGGCGUGAAGGUGUGAUGCACCAAAUUCAAAAACUAGCCACUCAAGAGACAUCACCAUCGUCCCCUACAAAAUCUUGCCACUCUCCUGGCUCUUCACCAGUUUUAGGAUCUACAUCUGAUUCCAGUUGUGUGCUUCUUCCUCCUAUGCCAAGGAUGGAAGCUCCUGAAGUAGGAGAAGGAGAUGAUAUGUUUGCUGGUGGUGCUUCACAUCACUUAGAAGAGCCAUGUGCUUCAUCUGCCCAUAUGAAACUAAGUGAUGUUUUGAAAAGAAAAAGGCCACCUAGAAGAGGGCCAACUAAGAAAGGAAGUAAACUAGAAGAUUCAGGAUCAUUGGAUGUAUCUCCUAAGGGAGUUGGUUUACUGUUGGGUAGAAGUUCAAACAGAGGAAAAGCUUCAACUGGUAAAGAUGCUAGAUCCAGCUCAUCUAGUUCUAAAAUCCCUUUUUUAACUAAUCUAAAUCCACGUUCCUGGGGAAGAAUGAGUAACUCAGCUGAUAGACAGUCAUCAAUGAAGGAUAUGUUGUCUCAUAAGCAAAUGCUACCACCUAUGAUAGUCAACAAAGAAAAAGUGAAAGCAUGGAUAAAAGAGCAAUGUAAAAUUUUUAUGGAGAAAUACUUCUCAGCUGACAUUCAUGGAGAAUCUCAUCCAGCACUGGAUAUGCUCAAACGACUUUGUACUGCAACCAAAUGUCUUUCUUUACAGGGUGACAGUGGAUUAGAUUGCCUAUUGGAAAUUGCAACAAUAAUGAGAGAAAGUGAUGUGUCACCUUUUGAAGUGAUUCAUAGUGGCUUAAUCUCACAGCUUCUAGAAUAUCUUACAUCCACUUCGGGUGAUGUAAAUAGAGACAUAAGAAUUCGCAGAUUUCUUCAUGUUUUCCUAAACUUCCCACCUCCUAGUAUGGUAUAUAUGAAGGAGUCUCCAAUUGAGAAGAACAACACACCAGCUCUUUCAAAUCUUGUCUCAAAGUUAUUGGCAUGUUUACAUCAGCUGGAACAGUUUCAAGUAAAGGUCCAUGAUCUUCCUGGAGGGAGCAGUGGGACCAGUCGAGGGGGGAAUGCACUGAGAUUUUUUACUACGCAUCAGCUGAAGUGCCAAUUACAAAGACAUCCAGCCUGCACUACAUUAAAACAGUGGAAAGGAGGUCCUGUUAAAAUAGACCCUCUUGCUCUAGUACAAGCAAUAGAGAAAUAUUUGCUUGUGAGAGGAUUUGGAAAAACCAGGGAAGGUGCAGAUGAAGAUCUUAGUGAUGAUGAUAAUUCAGAUGAAGAAAUGGAGGAACAAAUGGCUUCAAUCAUGAUAUCUGCCACAUCUCCAAGACACAGGCUUGAAUUUUUAAUAGGCGACCAUAUUUUGCCGUACAAUAUGACUGUAUAUCAGGCUGUGAAACAGUUUGUUUGCCAUGGUGGUACAGAGGUUGGUGACUUUAGUGAUGGUGAUACAGACACACCCUUUGGAAAUACUAGCAUCUGGGUACAGACACACACUAUUUGGUACCGACCAGCAACAGAACAAGAGGAUAAUACAGCAACUAGUCCAAAGAAAACAAAGGCAGAGUCUAAAAGCUCUAAAUCUUCCAAGAAAAAAGAAUCAAGGGCAAGUAGUCCAGUCUCUCAGCCUGUGUUACAUAGCUUUCUGCAAGACAAACUACCUCCAUCUGUUACUGUUCAGGAUGCUUCAUUAGAAACAAUAGCUUUGUUGAGAGUUCUUCAUGCUCUUAAUAGGCAUUGGUCAUCAAUAUAUGAUGUACCAUUUCUACCAGCACAAAUACUGUCUUCUUCUGAGUUUAUGAGUAGCAAGUUGACAGCUAAAGCCAACAGACAGCUUCAAGACCCACUAAUAAUAAUGACUGGCAAUUUACCAAAUUGGUUACCAGAAAUUGGGCAAACAGCACCAUUCCUUUUUCCAUUUGACACAAGACAAAUGCUGUUCUUUGCCACAACAUUUGACCGGGAUCGUGCAGUUUUAAGACUGCAACAAGACCAAGCAGGUGAAAGCUCUAAUCAUGAUAGUGAAAGAGUUGGACCUCGUUUAGAUAGGAAAAGGAGAGAAGUAAGCCGAAAGGAUAUUUUGAAACAAGCAGAAAAAGUGAUGGAAGAUAUGGGUAACUCAACAAAUGCUCGAACGAUGUUGGAAAUACAUUAUGAGAAUGAGGUUGGUACAGGACUAGGCCCAACCCUUGAAUUUUACGCACUUGUUAGCAAAGAACUGCAGAGAUCUGACCUUGAACUCUGGCGAGGGGAAAGUAUAGCUGCUACAAACCCUGCUGAUCCCAAUUUGAAAGUUGAAUAUACUCACUCAGCAUCCGGCCUUUUCCCAUUGCCUCUUCAUCGAAGUUCUAAAGCAGCACAGAUCAACAAAGUGAAAGCUAAAUUUAAAUUUUUAGGCAAAUUUAUGGCAAAGGCAUUAAUGGAUUCAAGAAUGCUCGAUCUGCCUUUGAGUCGGGUGUUUUACAAGUGGAUAUUGGCACAGGAGAAUUCACUUUCUUCAAGUGACCUGUAUUAUGUAGAUAAAGUUUUGGCUCAAUCUUUUCAGCAGCUAGAAAACAUUGUUCAUCAAAAGAAACAAAUUUUAAAUGAUAAAUCAUUAACAGAAGAAAGUAGGAGGCAAGCUCUUUUAAAUAUAUCCAUUGAUGGAUGCUCACUUGAAGAUCUUGAUCUGUAUUUUGUAUUACCUGGAAAUGAAAAUAUUGAGUUGUGUAAAGGUGGACGUGACAUUCAAGUUUGCUUGGAUAAUUUAGAGGAAUACUUACAACUUGUGCUGCAUUGGAGUCUGGUAGAGGGCAUCAGUAGACAGUUUGAUGCAUUUAGAGAUGGCUUUGAAUCUCUUUUCCCAUUAUCAACAUUACAGUAUUUCUACCCUGAAGAGUUAGAACAACUUUUCUGUGGCAACAUAGCUGAUGUGUGGGAUGUCAGAAUGUUGAUGGACUGUUGUAGACCCGAUCAUGGCUACACUCAUGACUCACAGGCAGUCAAAUUUCUCUUUGAAGUGCUCAGUAGUUACAACAAUUCUGAGCAGAGGGAAUUUUUACAGUUUGUCACUGGUUCACCAAGACUCCCAGUUGGAGGUUUCAGGAGCUUAAAUCCACCUUUGACAAUUGUUAGAAAGCAACCCGAGGGAUCUGAUGAUCCAGACUGCUAUCUUCCUUCUGUUAUGACUUGUGUCAAUUAUCUAAAACUUCCAGACUACUCAUCCAUUGAGGUGAUGAGAGAGAGGCUUAGUAAAGCAGCAAAAGAAGGACAGCUGUCAUUCCAUUUAUCUUAGUAAUAUAAACUGAUGGAUAAUUGGAAAUUAUAAAUGUUCUCAGGCUCAGCUUAAGUUCAUUCAGUUUUUUUAAAAUGUACAUACUUCUUAAUAUAGUAUUUUAUCCAUGAAUACAAGUAAUGAUUCCAGUGGUAAAAAUAACUUUUAUUUAGAUAAUAAAUUGAUAAUAAAUGUUUGAAAAUAUUUUGUUUAAUCAAUGUAAAUACAAGUCAUUGCUAUUUAAAGAAGGAAAAUUCAUUUAUAAAUAUGAAUGUGUGUAUACACAUGUGUGUGUGUGUGUGUGUAUAUAUAUAUAUAUAUAUAUAUAUAUAUAUAUAUAUAUAUAUAUAUAUAUAUAUAUAUACAUACACACAUAUAUAUACACACACACACAUUAGUAUAUGCCUCUGCUAAUUCAUGUACACAGCCAAAUUUCAAUACAUAAAUUAUUUCAUAAUCUCUGUACAGCAAAUAUAAAAAAUGCUGCAUGUUUAAAUAUCUUUACUGUAUGAAAGGGAAUCUAUAUAUUUUAAAGAUGUGGUAAAGUUUUCUUAUUAAAAGCUGUUUGUGAAUUAUCAAAUAAAAUGGAAAAACAUUUUGGAAUAGUUAGCUUAUUUAUCAGUUUGCCCAAUUUUACAAUUAUUAACAUUUUAGUAUUUCACAUUCAUUCGAUGCUCAUGUGUUUAUUCAAAGUGUAAUAUCUAUAGUACAAGAAAUGCACAAAAAAUAAAUGAUGCUGGGUUUUCAAAAGAAUUAUAUUGGCAAGUAAAAGUUUAGUUUUUGCUUAUAUAAUUAUCUUUAUUAUUGUCAUCUAUUAGUACCAAGCAAAAACUGUUUUAACAUGCUACCUAAAAGAAGUAAACACAUUUAUUCAUUUAAAAUAUGAAGUUAGGUUGUGCUUUUAAAUUGUUUUUAAUUAUAAUAAUUUAUUAAGAUAACACUAUUUCAUUAUAUUCUUUUGCAUUGUUUUUCUUUCUUACAUUAAUUUUUCAAUGAUUUAUUGUGACAAUUGUUUUCCGCACAGUUUCUCUGUGUAGCUUAUAUUGUUUUUAAUGUAUUAACUACUAGAGAAAGACUUUUAGCUACAUAUUGAUGAAACAUUACUUAUAAAAUAAGUUUUGAAAAUUACCUUUUGGUAAAUUAUGCAAGUUGCACAGAUUUACAGAAGCUAGAGAAGCUUUACAUUUUACCACAUUUUAAAAAUAGAAUUAUUCUUUAAAAUGUCAAACAUGUUAAGUACAUCUAUACUAAAACAAUUUUCUUUCUGUUGGUAAAAACAGUUGUGUUAAAUUUGAUUUUCUAACUUAUAAAGAAUUAUUUCAUCUUUCACUGUUUUAUACAAUUAAUAAAAGCUUUUCUGUAGCAGACAACACAUACAUUAGACAGUAAAAAAAUAUAAGCCUGACCAAAUAACCAAAUACUGGAAAACAUGCUGAUUGAAAAAAACAAAUCUAAUGAACAAGCAUAUAUAAUAAGUUCUUAGUAUGAAGAAAAUUUGGCAUUGAAUAAAGCAUAUAUUGGUAUCAGUGAAUUAAAAUGAAUGUACUGCACUAUCACAUGUUUUAUUAUGUCACCCAUCAGCUUGUUUUUAAGGAAUUUAAAGACAAACCAUGUUUCAACUUUCUGCUUAAUGAUAUAAUCUAUUAUUAAAGUUGACAUAUCAAAUGUAUGUUAUGAUGCUUAGGCUAGGUAAUGAAAAUGUACCAAUAUAAUAUAUGGGUACAUAUGAAAAUGUACCAAUAUAAUAUAUAGGUACAUAUCAUAUAUGUUAAAUGUCUAGAAGUUUUAAAACCAUUGAAUUCUAGAGUAAUUAUGUCCUUAAUGCAAUGUAUAUCCCAAUCACUUAAUCAUCUGUAUUUGAGAAUCAAAGGGCUUGUCUAGUGCAUUGAGUUCUUGUAGUUUUAUUUUAAUUUUUAUGAAACUUACAUGGCAUUCUUCAUGGAGUUAGAUCUAUUUUAGUGCACAGCUGUUAAAAUAGAUCUAAUAUACCAUAGCCAAUUAAUUGUCUUUAAUAAAAUAAAAAAUUCUUCAAGUAUUUUGUUAGCCAUUUUAAUGCACAUUUUAUUGAAGUUAAUCAUGUGUGUAAAGUAAUUAACAAUUUUUAAAAAUGUUUUAGUUUUAAGUUUUUUAUUUAUCUGGAUAAAUUUGGACAGAAUGAAUAACCACAGUUUAUUAACUUUAGUAUUGCAUAAUUGAAUUAUUGUUAAGUUGAGAGCUACUUUGUUUCAUCAUGUUGUGAAGUAAACAGUUAUGCCAUUUUAGUUGCUUCAACAGUAAGCAAUGAGAACUGAAAAGUCAGCAUGUUUUAAAAUGUUCAUAGAAGUGAUGUGUGACAAAGUGCAUGGAAUCUUUAGGCCAAAAACUCAUUCAAUCAUCAGUUAAGGAUUUUUCUUACAGUUCUUUCAAAAUUUAGUUUUUUUUGUGUGUACAUAUUUCAUGUUUAAUACAGUGUAUAUAACAUUUAAUUCUCAUUGUGUGCAUAUAUUACCUUGAUUGUAGUAACCAGUUAACAUCUACCAUACUUUAUUUGACAAGUUGAGUUAAUUUUUUAAUGCAUUCAAAAUUUGUUUGUCAUUCUUUUCUUCUAAAUACACCUCGUUGUUUUGAAUUGUUUUCCUUAGUGGCAAAUGUAUUACUAACAUUGUAUCCUGUAGCAGUGUAGAUAAAAAAAAUUUGACUAGAAGAGCUGUGAAAAAGUGCAACAAUUUUAGCACCUCAGUCAAAUACAUAACAAGCAAUAUUUUUUAGUGUUUAUAUGUCCUAUCAGAUCAGUGAUCCUCAAGCUGAUAAUUUUCAUGCCACCAUUUUUACUUUCUCGUAUAUACGAAGUAUAGAGAAAGUAUUGUAAUCGUGCACAAAAAUAACUUGAAAUUUUAACAAUUUUCACCGUAUUACACCUCAGUCCUUCAUCACAUCCGAAGUAUAGAGGACUUAUUUUAAUCGGACAAAAAUGAUCAAUCCAGAUUUAUCAAAAUUAAGAGGUUUUAUGCGUAAUCCAGUCUGAAAAACUGGGCUUUGCAAUUCUGUCCGUAUGUCUGUGUGUCUGUGUGUGUGUGUGUCCGUGUGUAAACACGAUAACUUGAGUACCGUUACAGCUAGGUGGAUGAAAUUUCAUAUAUAAGUAUUUUAUCAAAAUCGUAGAUCCGUAUCAACUUUUGAGCGAUUUCCGAUAACCGGAAGUGGUACUUUUUCUACUUUGAAUUUUUCAAAAGCCUAUAACUUGAGUACUAUUUCAGAUGGAUAAAUGAAAUUUCACAUGUAAGUAUAAGAUCUAGUUAUCUACCUUCUGUCAAAUUUUGAGUAAUUUCCGUUGCCCGGAAGUACUAAUUUACGCUACUUCCGAUUUCUGAAAAAAACGAAUGUAAAUUUUUAAAGUACUAAUAAUAUUGCGCACUAUUAUGCGCUUUUUUAUUUCGCGUUCACUUGGUGUGCAGUCUUUUGUCUACGAGAUUUUAUUCUUAUUUUAAAAUGGAUUAAAAAUCAUGUCUAUAGCCCGAGUUCUCAUCCCCUGUUUGUUUAUAUAGGAAUAUUCGAGAAAGUUUAGGGGAGAUCACUCCCGGUUUAUUAUUUAAAAGAGCAACUUUGUCUUUUUUGCUGUCUUUUUAUGGUCACACCUUUUUUUUUUGAGAACCAAUGGAGCAGUCCGUUUACUUAUAGAACAGUGAAUGCCAACAUCUAAAUUUUCUUUUGUUUCAUUCAACUAUAGACUUUUGUAAUAAUCCUUUAUCGUGGAAAGUAUUCAUUAAGUGCUGAUUGUCUAUUAGAGUUUAGAAUGCUGGAGUCCAUUUGAUGCUUGCUAGCUAAUGCUAGUGUCAGUGAUUAGUUCACCCCAGACAAUUGUUGCUUCAUACAUAUUUCAAUGUUAUAUUUUAUUUGUCGGCUAUUUUUUAUUUACUUGUCCAUAAUAAAAUUGAGGGCUUUGUUUUUUGUGUAUAGGGUUUAAUCUAUAUUUAAAAAAAUUAAUCUCCCCCUUUUUUGCACUGUGGUUGCCUGGUUGUUAAGUUAACUGAGUUAUGGAAUACAGUGCAGCAGUUAAACCAGAUUUUUAAAAUUCUCAACUUUCAUGGUUACUUUCUUUGAUUUUAAAUUGCAUUAGAAAUAUGCUAAUACUCAAUCCUAGACAUCUGUGUUGAAUCCAUCUGUUUAUAUUGUAAAGAAAUGUAUUCAACUAAGUAAAGUAGGCUAAAAAAUCAGGAUAUUUUUUUUAAAAUGCCAGUUCCCGUUGUUUGAGACUACUUUAGUAUAUUUGGUAGCCUUAAAGGUGUGGCAAAUGCCUAAUUAACCAGUGGUUUACUGCCAACAUCAAGUUGAGGAUCACUGAUUUUUGACAUGUUUAGUGGUAUACAGGGGUUAAUUCAAGCUACAGUUUAACCUUUUUAUUUUGUUUGCUGCAUUAGUUAAGGUUUCUGCUUUGUGUAGUCAUAAAAAUGUGAUUGUGUAUGGAAAGUUUUCUGCAUAUUCCUAUCUACAUUAAAGUUAUUGAACACUGA